UAUCAGACGGGUCAUUCAAUUGAGACGUUGACUUGAUCCUGCAAGGAGGAGACGGCUCCACACCCAAGGACAUCAGCCAGAGAGGGCUGCCCAGAGGUCCUGCAAGCAGCCGGUUCCUCCAUUGUCCACCAUGAUGGUCCCCUUUCCUUCCUUCCUUCUUAUCGUCGUCUGCCUGUUAGGAUCCUUUGGCCAAGAAGUUUUCUAUUUCUCUAUUUCCGAAGUUUCGAAGUGGACAUGUGGAACCCACAUAUUUGACACUGGGCCCAGUUAAGUCGAUCGAAAGUUCAGCAGUUCAAAUCCGUCAUGCCGUGUAAGGGGGCGAGCUCCCAUGACUUGUCCCAGCUUCUGCCAACCUAGCAGUCUGAAAGCAGAAGUGACAGCUCGGCCUGCCUCUUCUUCUACGUUCAAGAGGAACAUCAAGACAGGUGUCAUCAUUGGAGAAGCUGAAGAAGACAUCGCUCUGCACCCACGGACAUCAGAACAAGAAUUCCUGCAACCAGCUGGUUCCUCCAUCGUCCACCAAGAUGGUCCUCCUUCCUUCCCUCUUUCUCAUCCUCGCCUGCCUGUCAGGAUCCUUUGGUUAUGAAGAUCUCCACAAGAAGGUCUUCGUUUUCCCGUCCGGUAACAAGAAGGCCAUUGUGCAGGUGAACGCCUCCCUUCAGGAUCCCUUAACCACCUUCACCGUCUGCCUGAGGUUCAACCCCCUCCAGUUCCGUCCUUAUACCCUCUUCUACUACUCCACCAAGCCCAACGGCAAGGGCUUCCAGAUCACCAAGCCCAACCCCAGCCAGUUCAACCUCCAAAUAGGUGGGAUGACCCAAAUUGUCGCCCUCCAGAAGGCGUCAACUUUGGAGUGGCAGCACAUCUGCGUGGCCUGGAACUCCACCACUGGACUGGUCCAUUUUUGGUACAACGGUGAGCUUCUCCCUCGCUUUGUGAUGAAAAAGGGUUACAAGCUCAGCGAAAACGGGACCAUCUUUUUAGGGCACGACCGCGAUUCGUGGGGGAAGAGAGAGUGCUUCGUGGGGGAGAUGGCGGACGUCAACCUGUGGCGGCAGGUCUUGAAACCCGACAAAAUUAAUUUGGUUAAGAAAAAAGACGAAGUCCCUGAUUCGCUGGUCAGCUGGAGGGCCCUGAACUAUACCGUUCAGGGUGACAUCCACGUUGAAGAGGCUCUGCACCAGGUUUCUUGAGUUUCUGGAAAUGUAGAGAUGUAGGAGAAAAAAAUAAGAAAAAAGAAUUGUGUGUGUGUGUGCGUUGGGGGGAAUGUGUAGUUUUGCAAUGUGUUGCAAAUAGCUGAUCGUGAUUGAGUUGUAGACGAUCCACGCCCGCAAAUCACAAGUGGGCCUUUGAUAACCUUGCAAUAAAAUU